AUGAUGAGUGCCCAGAGUUCGCGCCUCGACGGCAGAGAUGAGUGCCCAAGAAGUUCGCGCCCCGACGGCAGAGAUGAGUUCAGUUUGUUCGACCCAAGCCGGAGAGAAGAAAAUAAUUUUCUUAUUUUCUUAUUUCUUUUCUUUUCUCCUUUCUUUUUCCCAUUGUUUUUCCUUCCUUUUUCCUUUUGUUUUCUCCAUUCUUUUCAUAUUCUGUCUAUGUUUUAUUGCUAUUUCUAUAUUGAUUUUUCAUUAUUUUUCUUUAUUCAAUUCUAUUUACAAUAUUUUGCGCUUAUAUCCAAUUUUUCUUUAGAUUUUAUCCUUUCUACUUUCUUUUUAUACUGUCUUUAUUUCCGUUUUUUUUUCUACCUUUUAAAAUUACUUCCCUUUUUUCAUUCUUUUUCUUCCUCAAUUUAUAUCAUUACUAUAUUCUUUCUUACUAAUUUGAAAAAAAAAUUCCAUUAUUUUGUUUUCGUUACAUAUUUUUUAAAGUUUCUUUCUUUCAUUCUUUACUUCUUUCUUUCUUUCUUUCUUUACUUUUCUUUCUUUCUCUUCUCCAUCUCCAAAAUUUUUUUACUCUUUUCCAUAUCCUUUCUUUCUUUCUUUCUUUCUUUCUUUCUUUCUUUCUUUCUUUCUUUCCCGCUUCCUUUAUUUUUGUUUCAUAAUUUUAUUUUUGUUUCAUAUUUUUCUUUUUGUUUGCUUUGUUUUCUUUCUUUCUUUCUUUUUUUUCUUUCUUUCUUUUUUUUCUUUCUUUGUUUCAUUUUGUUUCAUAUUUUUAUUUCCCUCUUUCUUUCUUUCUUUCUUUCUUUCUUUCUUUCUUUCCCGCUUCCUUUAUUUUUGUUUCAUACUUUUCUUUUUGUUUCAUAUUUUUCUUUUUGUUUGCUUGGUUUUCUUUCUUUCUUUCUUUUUUCUUUCUUUGUUUCUUUUUGUUUCAUAUUUUUAUUUCCCUCUUUGCCUCGUUUUUCUUUCUUUCUUUCUUUCUUUCUUUCUUUCUUUCUUUCUUUCUUUCUUUUCUGCUUUUAUUUUUGUUGCAUAUUUUUAUUUCUCUCUUUGCCUCUUUUUCCUUCUAUCUUUCUUUCUCUCUUUUAUUUCGCUUAUUAA